AUGGCGGCGGCCGUGGACGAGAGCGCGCUGCCCUCCAUCUCCACCUUCACCAACCUGUUGCCGCUGGAGGAGCGGCCCCCCGACAUGAUGCACGUAAGCAGCGGGCACUGGGAACGGAGCGCCGAGGGAGGGGGGUGUAGGGUCCGGUGCUCCUGGGUCCGGUGCUCGGUCCCCCCGCCGUCGGAGGGCGCUGCUGGAGCUGUGCCGGAGCGGUGCGGAGCCGUCGGGUGGGCUGGGAGAGCCGCCGCCCCGGGCGGAGGGUACGGGUGGGGGGAGCUGUGCCCCGCUGUCCCGUUCCUGACGCCGCUGUUCCCGCAGAGGAUGCUGCCACACGACGGCUCCGCCGCUGCCGUGAAGCGGGAGGAGGACGAGUUGGGCAAAUUCGUGGAUUUGGACUUCAUCCUGGCGCACACCAGCAGCGGCGGGCAGGGACCGCCCGGCCCCAAUUACCCUCUGCCUGAGACCCCCGAGAGCUGCGGCACCACGUACGACAGCGACGGCUCCUACCCCACGCCGGGCAAGUUCCCGGCGCCGUACCCCGACGGCCAGAGCCACAGCUACGUGGCCGAGCUUCUCACCCCGGACCUGCCCGCGCACUGCGACCUGCAGCGGAGGGAGUACACGGAGCUGCGGGUGCCCGGCGGCCCCCACCACCACCCGGCCCUGCACCCGGCCCUGUCCCGCCCGCUGCCCCUGGACCCGUCGCAGCCUUUCGGGCCUCGCAUCAAGAAGGAGCAGCCGGAGGAGCGCGCCUGCAUGCUGGGGUUACCUGGCGGCGAGUACCUGGGACCGGGAGGUGGUGAACACAAGCCCCCCCGCAUGGCGCCGGGCCCGGUGUCGGGGCCACCGCUGCCGUACCCUGGUUUCGCCCACGGCCGCUUGGGCCCCCCCGAGGAGCCGCUGCCCGGUGCCGACCCGCACCUGCUGGCCGACCUGCCGCCCCACUAUGCCGUGGCCCCGCAUCGCUACGCGCCCCACUUCGCCCCCCAGCCGCCCCCUCAGUUUCAUGGACACUUCAGUGUUUUCAGGGAGCCCCUAAAGGGGCCGGGGCCGGGCCCGGCGGGGCUGCCCGGGCUGCUGGUCACGCCGCCCAACUCCCCGGUGCUGGAGUAUUUUCCGGCCGGGGGCCCCCCCGAGGACUGCAAGCCCAAACGCGGCCGCCGCUCGUGGGCGCGCAAGCGGACGGCGACGCACAACUGUGAAUACCCGGGCUGCGGCAAGACGUACACCAAGAGCUCCCACCUCAAGGCGCACAUGCGGACGCACACGGGUAAGGAAGCACGAGGAGGCGGGCGAGGGUCGGGACACACGGGGUUACUCGCGCGGUCCCCGCGGUGGGGUUGGAUAGGCUCAUGGAGGGGGAUGCUCUGCCGUCAGUCCACGGUAAUUGCCCCAGCGGUGGAGUAUUUGGGAGGUCCACGCGGUGGGGCCGGGCUGGGGUGGGCCGUGAGAGGUGGGGGGGAGGCCCUAUGUGGGGCAGGGUGUGCUCAGGACCCUGAGAUGUGAGGUGCGGCACAUAGGUGCCUGGAUGGACACAUCCCACGGCUGGGCUGAGGAUGAAGGGAGGUGGGGUCCCCAUGGUGGAAGUGUUCUGGUGUAGCCCUGUAGCAGAGCUGGGAUGCGGCACGUGGUGAGUGAGGUUUCUUGGCAGCGACAGGCAAGGGGGCAGAGGCACGUGGAGGGGUUCUUGCAGUGGGGCAGAGGUGGGCCUCGUGCUGAGGCAAGCGGGGAAGCGAUGCAUUUGGGGAAGGAUGGGAAGAUCGGGGUGAAAGGAAAGGUGGGUCAGGCAACGGCGCACGGUCGGUCUCCUCUCUAUUGAAGGAGCAUAGGAGUGGUGGGCAGGGACCUCCUCCAUAAACCAGGAGGGCUGGGAAGGGGGGGUGAAGGCAUGCGGAGUGCUGUGCCCACUGACAGCCCCUCUCC